CCACUUGUGAUGGUCAGCAGCGAUUCCCGUCUGUUUACACCGCUCUUAUUCCUCUUUAGCACAUGAAAAUGAGUUAUCCUGCAACAUGACGAACUGAUUUCAAGUAGUUUAGAGGUCUGCAACUCUGGGUUGGAGAAAAGCUGGGAUGGCCUCUAAACUAUUUGACAGACUUCGGCGUACGCUGUUUAAAGAGGGAGAACUUUCUUCUGAGUCGGACUGUCAGGGCACGGAUGAUUUUCCAGAGUCUUCUGAACUUGAGGAUGAUAUAGACGGCGUGUCGGCCAGGCUUGGAGGGACACUGUGCUUUGAGGGUGAUGGGGUCUUGGACUCAGAGGACGCUGGGGACGCGUCAGGGCCAGACAGCGACUCUGACUUUUUUGGAGAGUCCAUCGAUAAUGCUUGUAGCAGCACAGAGACCAGCCCAAUAGGUCCUUCUCCAAAGUCCUCAAACAUUCUCACCAGACAACUGCAAGAAAACUGGCGAAGCUCAAGAACUCGGUGCAUUCCUGAAAAACUCAUUUUUGAGGUGACUGACGCCAGUGUUGUGCACGAGACAAACUCCAAGUAUGUGCUCUACACAAUUCACGUCAUCCACGCUGGGACGUUUGACAAAACCCCCGCUGUCAUCACACGCCGCUACACUGACUUCGAACGUCUCCACAGCCGAUUGCGCCGCCGUCACGGGGACGACAUGGAUGGCGUUUACUUUCCACGCAAAAAACUGCGCAAAAAUUUCGCCGCCGAGACCAUCGCCAAGCGCAGCCGGGCCUUUGAGCAAUACCUGACUCACCUUCACUCCCUGCCAGAGCUGCGAACCACACCGACAUUCCUGGAGUUCUUCUACCUGGGCGACCUCCGUGCGGGACAGAUGCUAAUGCGAGUGGGACGCUACCAAGAUGCGUUACACUCUCUUCUCAAUUCCUUGCGGCUACAGGAGAAAUUGGGAUGCCAUCAGCUUCUCCAGCUCAACCAGCUUCAGAGGGUUCACUGGUUCUUCACGCUGUCCGCAUUGGUGACCUGCUUCCAGGAUCUAGAGCAGCUCAAUGAGGCUCAGGAACAUUGCGAUCGAGCGUUGCAAGAUUUAGCACCUACCCAGGAGGCUUUGCAGCAGCAUCAGUUGCACCCAUUGCUUGUUCCGCUUCUUCAAUCCAACGUCCGGCUGUCCUGGAAGAUCUCGAAGGAUAAGAGGCGCUGGGAGGCUCUUCUGCAGGAGAUCCAGGAGCAGGGGAUUGAUAUCGGGAAUCAGCCCAAUCUAAAGGAGUGUCUUAUUAAGGAGAGCAUUGAGGAUAGCGAAGGGCCGAUCAGGGCUAAAAAAACUGAAGAUGUCCUGUAAGCAUUAACCAGUGUUUUUAUAAAUAUAUAUAUAUUAGUAUUAAUAGUUAUGAGGGAUGCUUUUGAAAGCAAUAUUUUGUAUGUAUGUAUGGUUGUUUACUAAAAACCUGUGGAAUUGAUACUAACUCUUUUAAUGCACAAUAUGUAUCACUUUAAAUGCAUACAUUUCACGGGCACUUUUCUAUAGUAUUUGUUAGACUUUUUUUUAUUAUUUGGGGCACUAAUUAAGAUUCAGUUCUGUAACAUUAGUUAAUGAAUUGGGUUUUUUUAACUGAACUAUGAGCAAUACUUAAUUAAUUUAUUAUUUUGGUUGAUGUUACUUUCUAAAUGGCCUCUCACUCUCUCAUUUAAAUGAAAAUUUUCUAUAGCAUAGAAUCUAGAACAAAUCCUCAGCUCUGCAGAGUUUAGAUCCAACCACCUCCAACUCACACCUGCUUAAAAGUGUAGUCUUGAUUAGUUGGAUCAGCUGUGUUUGCAGCAAUACUGUGCAGCCCUCCAGGAACUGAGUUUAUGACCCAUGAUCUAGAGGUAAUUUAACAAAAAAAAACUUAGUCCAAAAAUUAGUAGCCCAAACUUAUGUUGGGCACAAAUUGAAAUAAAAAAUUGAGAAUGAGAAAAUGAGAAACCUAUAUAAUAAG